UGCGAGCGUACGCGUGUCAAAGGUCGUCGGAGUGUUCGUACCGCGACCGAUCGAUCGAACGAGGAGGAGAUUGGUGCUGGAAGGUCGUCGAACGUUCGUUCGAGCCUAUUUCGAGCCAGCGUCAUGACGGCUGCCAAGAGCGCCAAAGACACCUCGCCGCCGCGCGGCCUCGGUGUAUUGGAUGACGUGGGACCGCCGCGCGAGGUGCAGCGAGCGUCAUCGUCCUUGCUUCGAGAGCGUUCUGCGAACUCCAAGACGCCGACGACCAUGGCCAUCGAGACGACACCACGUGGCGUGUAUAGGACCCGAGACAACCCGGCAGCUGACGCCGACGACGUGCCAAGUAAAGGUGUCGGGAAAGACCGCGUCUUUGGCCCGUCGGCCGAGGCCGUCCGCGCCGUCGUGCGCCUCCAGCCGCUUCGCCCACCCAGCACGAUGCUCACGCAGCGCUCUGAGGGCAGCCUUGCGACCGUUCAGCACCACCCGCUACCGCGCUCGCUGACGGCGCCCGCGCUUGGCAAGCAACCCUUGGUCAUUGAUGCAGCGUCCAACAGCCUUCGCCCGCCGCGUCGUGCACCGCGAACGAUCCUCGACGACCUCGCGUUGCUCUCGCGCGCGCUGUGCCCGUUCGUGUGCACAUCGGCGCAGUGGAGCGGUCUCCGCCCGCGGCUUCUGCGGCUGCUUCAGAAGCGCGAGUUUGACACGCACGACGUCGUCGCCGCCCGUGACUCUCUCUCGCCGCUUCUCGUGCUCUUGUCGGGCUCUGUGCAAUGUGGGGACGAGGCUUCGCUCACGGCCGGGCAGUUGGUCGGCGGCGAAAGCUGGCUCUUUGAUGCGCCAACACGAUCCAAGGUUGUUGCGACGUCGCCAACGACCGCGUAUGUGCUGCCACGGUCCGCGCGGACCGAGGUGCUCGCACUUGCGACGCCCGAGUCGCUCCUCUCCCACGCCACGCGCCUCAUCUCCGUGCUCGCCAAGGACCCUACAUGGGCAGGCGUCGCGCCGAGCGACCUGUGGCAGCAUCGGCACACUGCUACCACAGCCUCCUUGCGCGCCGCCUGCGAACCCGCCAGUGUCCACCUUCUCUUGCACGGAGAAGCUUCUUGGCACGGAUCGUAUGGCACAGAGCUCGAGGUCGGAACCCUUCUCGUCUCAAGCUCACCACGCACAUUGGUACCAAGCGUCGGGUCGGUCUGGGUGCAGCUCACUCGCGCCGACGUCGCAGCGCUUCUCGGUGACGACGCUGCUGAUGCCUACUUUAGUCGAUUUGAGGGCGAGCCAAAGAAGAUGCGAUCCAGUGGCAUUGAUGAGUAUGAGCUACUGCACACGCUCGGGGCCGGCGCGUUUGCCUCGGUCUCGCUGGCCAUGCAUGUGCCCACGAGCGAGAUUUGCGCUCUCAAAAUCAUCCCCAAGGACGGCCUGCCGUCGCUCAAGCUCGCGCGUCAGGCUCUCACCGAGCGCGACGUCCUUGCUUCCGUGAGCAGCCCGUUCAUAGCGCGCUACGUUAUGUCGUUCCAAGACGACUGGAACCUCUACCUCGCGUCUGAGUUUGUGCCAGGUGGCGAGCUCUACGCGCGCGUGCACCGUCGUCCGGCUGUCACCCCCCAUCUCGACGAGUCGGCUGUGCUUUUCUACGCCGCGAACCUGGCGCUCGCCCUCGACGCGUUCCAUAGCAGCGGUAUUGUCUACCGUGAUUUGAAGCUCGAGAACGUUAUGCUCGGCGCCAACGGGUACCUCAAGCUCGUCGAUUGUGGCUUUGCACGGCGCGUCGACGACCGGCAAGAGGCCAUGACGCUCUGUGGCACGCCCGAGUACAUGGCACCCGAGCUAAUUGCGGGGCGUGGGUACGGACGUGCUGUUGAUUAUUGGGCACUGGGCGCGCUGGUCUAUGAGAUGGCGACUGGCCACUCGCUCUUUGCCCGCGACGACGACAACCAAACGCUCGUGAUGGCGCGAAUAAGCGCUGUGGCGACCCUCGGGCUGCCGUUCACUCCCGAGUUUGCAGUCGCUUGUAGUCCUCGUCUGCGGACGCUCGUCCAAGGGCUGCUGCAGGUGGACCCGACACGGCGGUUAGGGUCGCGCGGGCUUCGGGAAGUUCAGCAGCACCCUGCCUUUGUGAACAUGGACUGGAGUGCGCUCCGGUCCCACACCAUCGGCGCGCCGUACGUGCCACCAAUUGAGCAUCCGCUCGACACGCAGCAUUUCCUACAUUUGGACGACGAGUAUGACGGUCCCGAUGGCACCGAGUCGCCCCCCGCCGAGCUCCAAGCAGCAUUUGCGACCAUCUUUGCCCAGUUUUAGCUCACGUCCACAAGAACCUCCUAGUUGUAUUGUACAUUUUUGGAGCUUUUGGCCAAAACGUCUGUUGCAUAUACAGUAGUACAAUUGGACUAGAGCAA